GUUGCCACCAUGGCUUACCCUGGGCACCCUAGCGCUGGCGGCGGCUUCUACCCAGGCGGGUACGGAGGGGCUCCCGGAGGCCCUGCGUUUCCCGGACAAACUCAGGAUCCGCUGUACGGUUACUUCGCUGCUGUAGCUGGACAGGACGGGCAGAUAGAUGCCGAUGAGUUGCAGAGAUGUCUGACACAGUCAGGCAUUGCCGGAGGAUACAAACCUUUUAACCUGGAGACUUGUCGGCUUAUGGUUUCAAUGCUGGAUAGAGACAUGUCUGGCACGAUGGGUUUCAAUGAAUUUAAAGAACUCUGGGCUGUCCUGAGUGGCUGGAGACAGCACUUCAUCAGUUUUGACAGUGACAGAAGUGGAACGGUGGACCCUCAAGAAUUACAGAAGGCCCUAACGACUAUGGGAUUUAGGUUGAGUCCUCAGGCUGUGAAUUCAAUUGCAAAAAGGUACAGCACCAACGGGAAGAUCACCUUUGAUGACUACAUUGCCUGCUGUGUCAAACUGAGGGCACUCACAGACAGCUUUCGAAGACGGGACACUAGCCAGCAAGGUGUUGUGAACUUCCCAUAUGAUGAUUUCAUUCAGUGUGUCAUGAGUGUUUAAAUCAAGAGGAAGCUGUAUGACCAUUACCAACAUUCCUCCUUUGCUCCUACUUGGCCUUCAGUGAUGUGUGAACUUACUCUUCCCGUACCUUUAACAGCUUGUUGUAAAGGUUUCUUACUUUAUGUACAGUUUAUGUUUUGUGCUUAAAUUUGAUAAUAAAUUCUUUGGAAUUUUAAUAAUAUAUGAUCAGGACUAUUACCUGAUUUAGAAUUUCCAUGAGCCAUUGUCGGUCAUGCCUUAUUUUCUUGCUGACCCACUUUUAUGCAAAUUGAAGUAUGCACAUGUUUAAGAUGCAUUAUAUAUGUUUCAUUGUAGGAUACUAAAAACUUUUAAUCAAAUGAAAGCUUUUGUCUUCUCC